AUGGGCAUUAUUGAUUCUAACAUUCCUCAUAAAGCCGAAAAAUACACUCAACUUUUAUGGCCUCAAGGGAAUCCUUCUUUUUGUAAAACUAUCCAGUCAUAUUUAGAGCAACUAUCAAAGUUAGACCAGACAAUAAGAAGAAUGAUUGUGGAGAGCUUAGGUAUUGAAAAGUACAUGGAUGAGCAUAUGAAUUCGAUCAACUAUAGUCUUCGAUUGAUGAAGUAUAAAGAACCUCAAAGCGAUGAGACUGAAAUAGGACUACAUGCUCACACAGAUAAGAACAUUGUUACUAUACUAUACCAAAAUCAGGUGAAAGGUCUUGAAAUUUUGACCAAAGAUGGACAGUGGAUCAGUGUUGAUCCUACGCCUGACACUUUCACUGUCAUGAUUGGAGACUCUCUACAUGCAUGGACAAAUGGUCGGAUGCAUGCAACAUUUCAUAGAGUGAUGAUGAGAGGAAACGAAGCAAGGUAUUCAAUUGGUUUGUUUUCAAAACCUAAAGAUGGAUACAUAAUAAAGGCACCAAAAGAGUUGGUAGAUGAAGAUCAUCCCUUACUCUUUAAGCCCUUUGAUUUUCAUGAAUUCCUUGCUUUCGGCUACACUCAAGAAGACAUGAAAUGUGAUUUUUCUUUGAAGGCCUAUUGUGGAGUCUGAAUUUAAUUAACUUGAUUAUAUUUACUAGUAGACUAAAUAAAUAUGCUCCUUGCGAGUA